CGCCAAGCCAGUUGUCAAAACUCAUGACUUCAUUGUGUUGUGUGUGCCGAUUUUAAAUAUUUUUUGCUUAUUUUACUAAUAUUGCGUUUAUUACAUUGACCAUCGUUAAAUUAAAUAGUCGAAACAAUGCACGUCCGAGUGAGGCUUAUCGGUAAACCCGAAGCAAUUGUUGUCGUAGAAUCUAAGCUGACUAAAAUUGAACAAUUCCGGAAGAUAAUUCGGGAUAAAUUCAAUGUGGAACCAAAACUACAGCGUUUAUUAUAUGGAGGAAAGCUGUUGGAGAAUGGAUACACAUUCCAUGACUACAACAUCAAACUGAAUGAUGUCAUUCAACUUAUGGUUCGAGCUGAACCCAUUGAAGAGCCCACACAUAAGUCUAAAGACAAGAAACAGAAUGACAAGAAAAAUAAGAAAGACGAUGGCAUCAUUUAUGAAGAUGCCCAGAGUAGACUGUAUUCAAUAGGAGAUUUAAUAGAUAUGAAAGACAGAGAGCAAGGGGCCUGGUUUGAGGGUAAAAUAGUAAGAAUUGUGAAAGACCCCAGUUACAUACCUCCUGAGCCUAUAGAAGAAACAGUUAAUACUAAAGAAGACUCAGAAAAUGAGCCUCCAUCUCAAAGCUCCUCCAAAUCUCCCCCUAAGAAGAAAGGGAUAGCUGAGUAUUUUAGUAAAAUGGCAAAGCUAAGUACACGGAAAAAACAAAUACAAAACACACAGAGACACUUGGAAGAAAAAAAUAGUCCUGAAUGUGGCCUGCUUUACACAGUUCAUUUGGAUGCUGAGGAAGAUCCUGAAAGCAAAUAUUACUGCAAAUUAAAAGAAAUACGGCCACGGUCAAGACAUGAAAUAGAUAUCAACGACUUGGAAGUUGGAAGAACGGUCAUGAUAAACCACAAUACCGAGAGUGCUUUAGAAAAAGGAUAUUGGUAUGAUUUCAAAGUGGACGAAAUUAAAAAGUUAAGGACAAGCCAUGAACUGAUUGGCACUUUGUAUUUGGGACCUGAUGCAGUACCUCAGAAUGACACCAAGGUCAGGGUUCAUGACAAGAUAUUUGCUAUAGAAGAAACCCCUCUUCCUGACCGAUCUGAAGAGUACAGGAAGAUGAUGGUAACACCCACGGAAAGAAAAACUUAUCCAUUGAAUUGCUUGAAAUGUCGAGAUAACGAAGAGGUGCCCUGUAAAGAAUGUGGCUGCUAUUUAUGUUUCGGAAAAAAUGAACCAGAAAAGAUAAUACUCUGUGACGAAUGCAACAACGGUUACCACAUGCAUUGCCUGUCGCCUCCGCUGAGCGAGCUGCCUGAUGAGGACUGGUACUGCCCGUCGUGCAAGCGAGACGACGUCAUAGUGGCGCCAGGCGCGGCCAAGCAGACCAAGAAAACCAAUGCUUCGAAGACCAACAGGGAUUGGGGCCGGGGCAUGGCCUGUGUUGGUAAGACGAAAACCUGCGCAAUGCCAGCCAAUCACUUCGGUCCCAUUCCUGGUAUUGAAGUUGGCAUGUGUUGGCGAUUUAGGAUUCAGUUAUCAGAGUCUGGCGUGCACAGGCCGCCCGUGUCCGGUAUCCACGGUCGGGACGUCGAGGGAGCCUACAGCAUCGUACUGUCUGGCGGCUACGAAGACGACUACGACAACGGCGAUGAGUUCACGUACACGGGCAGCGGCGGCCGCGACCUCUCCGGGAACAAGCGCACGGCCGAGCAGUCCUGCGACCAGACGCUUACUAGGGAGAACAAAGCGCUAGCGCGCAACUGCGCAGUGAAGACAGUGAGCGAGGAGGGCGGCGACGCGGGCGCGGCGUGGCGCGACGGCCGGCCCGUGCGGGUCGUGCGCUCCUUCAAGAUGAUGAAGCACUUCCCCGAGUAUGCGCCCAAGGAAGGCAUCAGAUACGACGGCAUAUACAAGGUGGUGAAAUACUACCCGGAGACGGGCAAGUCUGGCUUCCGCGUGUGGAAGUACUUGCUGCGCCGCGACGACCCCAACCCCGCGCCUUGGGAGGAGGGCGCCAAGGAGUAUGCUAUUGUUUACCCCGAUGGUUACCUCGAAGCGGAGGCCGAGAAGAAGGCCCUAAAGGAGAAAGGCAGUAAGGCCAAGGCGAAGGGCAAGGGCGGCAAGAAGCGGGCCCUGCGAGAGAGCAACCACUCGAGCGACUCGGAGGAAGAGAAGUCUGCGGAGGAAGCCUCGCCACCGACCAAGAAGAGGAAGAAGGCAGAUCAGGCCACGCCCGAACAAAAGAAACGAGGGAAAGCUAAGAAAGGUGAUACCAGCAUAACCGAAAGUCCUAAGGUAAAGACUCCAAGUAUCUUCGAGAAGGCAGCCAAAGGAAGCCCCAAAGCGAAGAAAAACAAGGUUUCACAGGAUGAGGUUGAGAAUGUCUUGAGCAAUGAAGAGUUGGAGGCCAUCAAGGCAGACUCUGUCAACGCCAAGCUGUGGGAGGGGUGCGUCGAAAUCUGCAAGACUAGCGGGAAAACGGCGUUUGUGGAGAAUGUGACGACAGUGUUCCUCUGCAUCAUAUGUCAAGACGUGCCAGCGAACCCAGUUACUACUCCGUGUCUCCAUAACUUCUGCAUGGGGUGCAUAAAGCUGGCAUUCAAAUCAACCGGCAACAAGACGUGCCCGGCUUGCAGAGGCGACCUCAGUAAAGUGGACCUCGAGCCUAACAGUGAGAUGAAGGCAGCCCUGCAAACCAUCAUGCCAGGGUAUGACGCUGGCCGGAAGUAAUACUUAUGAUUCUGUGAGUUGUCCGUAAUAGUAAUAGUUGAAUUUUCCUGCGCUCUGUAUAUUCAAUGUUUCUGUUAAUGGUGUUAGUUUAUUCAGCGUCGCGAAAACCUGAUGGCGAUAUACAUAUAUUAUACUGCAAAAGAAGCUCAUAUUUUGCGAGUGACAGUGACUCCCCUGAUCGGCGGUAGUUAUUUGAUGUGUAGCGGUAGGUCGGCGCCACAUUUAAACACUGCUGUGUUUAAUAAAAGCCCGUGAAAAUUAUUGUUGACUCGAGCAUUCAUUUUGUUGUUGUGAAUUUUAAAUAUAUUUUUAAGUAUUUUUAUCCAUUUUCUGUGUGUAAUGUAAGAUUAUGAAUGAUUGAAUUAGCGAGCCUGUCAACUUUGUACGGUCAACUGAAUUAUUAAUUAUUUUAUCAUUGACUGACGUGAUUUGUAUUUAUACAAAUAAGGGUUAAUAAAAACACUCAUUUUAAUUAAGUUUUUUAGCUGAGUGUCUUUAAAAUUAUGUAUUUUUAGUCAAUUGAAUGGUUAAGUUUUGUGUUUGAUUUGAUAAUAAGUAUUUUAGUAGUGGUUAAUUUAUGAUACUGACUCACUCAUGUACUAAUACAACCUCAAAGUAAUAUAGAGGCUUAAAAUAAUAUUAUUAAUAAGUACGCAAUGGUGGGUUAUCAAACGGCAACACCCACUUUCCUGCUUAAAAUGGCGAGUGCAUCUAUAGCGGCGAUUAGACUAGACUACAUAUAGUGCACUACAAAUUGGCGUCCUAUAAGUUAGGACGUUCUGGACACUGGCCUAUGUAGGAUGCCAAUUUCAGUCGGCAAGCGGUAUCCGUAACGAGUGGUCUCUUCGAACGUCAUGGCAACAUCGCUAUCCAAAUAUCAAAAACUUGGUGUUGCCCUUGCGGCAGUAGCAGGAAUAAAUAAGGGAAGCAAAUUCUGGGUUAAAAAAUAUUUACUUCUAAGAAAUAAACUUUUACAUAUGAACAUUCUAGCCCGAAGAUUUUAGAAAUUACUUGAGAAUGGAUGAAUUUUUGUCAAAACGUCUUUUUCUUUCUGUGACGACAUUUUUUCACCGCAAAACAACGCACACACACACACCCGCACGCAUCGAACGUUGGCCGGCGACUGAGCGCACUACAUGACUACAUGUGAUUACACCUGUCCUAAGUUGGUUCUACCUAGGAUGUAGGACGGUUGGGACCCGCAAUCUCCGAUAUGUAGUGUACUACAUGACUACAUGUGAUUACACCUGUCCUAAGUUGGGAUGUAGGACGGUUAGGACCCGCCAAUCUCCGAUAUGUAGUGUCCUACAUGGCUACAUGUGAUGACACUUGUCCUUACGUAGGAAACUACAUGAGGUAGUGCACUACAUGUAGUCUUAAUCUAAUCGCCGCUUAUGUACUAACCAAUAUGAGAGCAGAUCGAUGAUUUUGCAGACCAAAUAGGUUUAGAAUACUCCUUACAGUAAAUAAAAAGUAAGUAGGUAUUCGAAUAAAGUUAAAUACUCGUAGUUACAUUUGAUUAAAUACAUACAUAAAUGAUUCAUGAAGCUACUCAUUAUGUACCUAUGUGUUCACUUAACAUUCCGUAAUAAUUAAUUAUUUAGUGUUUGUUGUCGUUAUGGAUUUAGUAAUAGGUAAUAGUUUUAUAUCUGUAACAGCAAUGAUUACCUCACCAUACAUAAAUUAAAUAAAUGUGUAAUGUUCCCUAAUUUAGGUACAUAUUUGGAUUUUUAUAAUGUGAGAGUGUAUAGUGUUUUUUUAACUUGCUAUUUUAAGAUCGGUUACCAGUUGAUUUACAUGAUUUAAUAAAUUGGUUUAUAUUACAUACUACACAAACUCUUUUAUUUUAUAAUUAAUAAAUAUAUCGACAUUAAAUCUAUGUCUGUCUCUUACGUAUACUGUAAAAGCAAUGCAUUAUUAUUUAAUAUCAUUAGCGUCAUUACUAAUACCAUAACGUCAUUAGCUUAAAGUUUCACACAGCGUAAGGAAAGUAUAAUUUUUUUUGGGGUUAAUGAACAAAAACGCACAUAAUAAUACAAUAGUAUAAUUUAUUAAAUGGGAUUGCACCCCAAACUUGCUCUGAGCACAGUAUCACUGACGUGUAAACACAUCAAAAACUAGACAUUUUCCAAAAUAGUUAACCAAAAUAAAAACUAAGAAAUAAAACAACUCCAUUAAUAUUUUAACAUCACAGAUUAAUCAAAACAUGUCGGUAUGUAGUUGUCUUAAAGUUAAGCCUGACUACGCAUUGUAAAUUCAUAACAAUCGCAUUACUUUAUCACUGCAACUAAAAUUAUUGGUAUCAAAAUAAAAGGUACUUACGGUAUUCAAAAUAAAAAAAUGAUUCGAAAU